AUAAAAUAUAAUUUUAUUUACGUAGAUUGAAAUAAAAUCAUGAUUACCAUAUCCCGCAUGUUUUUUCCAUCCAGGGAAGGUAAUGGUCGGUGGCCAAAAGAAGAAAGGCGAGAAACUCGUUUAAACCCCAAAUCGGAGACGUCUCUCCUGCUUUAAACCCUAAAAAUCUCUUCAACAUUUCACACACCACCUGAUCAGGUUUGUCGACAGUUUGGUUGAUGUGAAAGAUCACAAGUAAAUUAGAAGUUUUAUAUCUUUCUCUUGCUAGUUUUAUUUGAAUUCUGUGAAUGGAUGCCCGGGAAGCUACAAGAUUAGCUUCAUCUGAAACUCAUGGUAUGAUAGUGGGUCCCAAUCCAUAUGGGUUGAGCAUACCUAAUGGUUCGAUGCUCAGUCCCAACUCUGCAGGGUUGAUGCAGAACAUGCGUCUUCCUUUCAAUUCGGUGAUGAAUUCUGUUUCAAGACCUUCAGAUUCUUCCAGCUUGCUGUAUCAUACCGAUGGGUCUUCAGAGAGUCUGAGACCAUGUGGGUUUAACAUGGGUGAGCCAAUGAAGAAGAAAAGAGGAAGACCGAGGAAAUAUGGACCUGACGGUAGCAUAAUGGCAUUGGCAUUAGCCCCUCUGUCUUCAGUGGCUCCGGCACAGUCGACUACACCGUCAUCUGCUGAACCACCAUAUAAGAAGAACAGAGGGCGCCCUCCAGGUUCAGGAAAGAAGCAACAGAUGGAUGCUCUGGGGGCUCCUGGAAUUGCUUUUACUCCGCAUAUCAUCACUGUUAAAGCAGGCGAAGAUGUAGCAUCAAAAAUUAUGGCCUUUUCACAACAAGGCCCGCAUACCAUAUGUAUUCUUUCUGCAAAUGGUGCCAUCUGCAAUGUCACUCUUCGCCAACCAGCAACAUCUGGAGGCACUGUAACUUAUGAGGGAAGAUUUGAGAUAAUCUCUCUAUCAGGUUCAUUUUUACUUACAGAGAGUGGUGGAACCCGCAGCAGGACUGGUGGUUUGAGUGUAUCAUUGGCAGGAUCAGAUGGUCGAGUAUUGGGUGGUGGAGUGGCAGGAAUGCUAAUGGCAGCAACCCCAGUACAGGUUGUCGUAGGCAGCUUUAUUGCAGAAGGGAAAAAAUCAAACUCAGAUUUGUCAAAACGAGAGCCCACCUCAGCAUCACAGAUGGUAGGCUUAGGGGCACCAGUUGGAACAGGCAGUCCCCCCUCUCAGGGUACCUCAAGUGAGUCAUCUGGUGAACCUGAUAGUCCUCUUAACCGAGGAUCAGGACCAUGCAACAACACUGGCCCGUCCAUUAACGGCAUGCCGGCAUACUCAUCUAUUGGCUGCUGGGGGACAUCUCACUCUACAAAUCCUCAGACAUGAAGAUGCUGACCUUAUUCAGGGUAUUGAUCUAAGUUCAAUAUUUAUCAGAUACAUGUUAACUAGAGGUGUCUAACAAAUGGAGAAGAAGUUCCGAGUGUUAUUUGAUUGACUCCGCUGGUCCAAGUACAAGGUUGCUGAGGGUGUAUGGCAAAUGGCUCUCUGCUCCUACAGAUGUAGGCCUAAUGUGAAUCAUCAUUCCUUGAGCUGGUAAGGCGCAUCCUCACCUGAGAUUGGAACAUGUCCCAUUGAGGACAUUGUUUCUUCAAGUCCAUUUGUUGAAUUUGUUUUAUUUCAUUUAUGUGAACUUUGGCUGUUACAUGUUCUCAUACCGGCAGAUGUAGUUCAUUUUGUGAUAGGUUUCAUGGUAAUUUUUUUAAUUCACCUACUUAAUCUUCAGAAUUGUAGGCUUCACUCAAACCCAUGUUUGAGUUCCAAAUGCUGCAAAUGGCCUGGAUUUAUUUGUGGUUGUAGCUCUUUAGGGUAUGAUAGGCCUUGCAGUUUUGGUUUUGGUUCUUACAUGCGCAGGUUAUUUUUUGGUAUUAUAUGGUAGGUGAACUUCUAGAUUUCAUUGAGUUGUUUGAUUCUUGUAUUAUGGAGUUCGAAGUGCUUUUAUUGGUGGUUUAGGGAUGUAUUCGGAAACCAAGGGACAGUUUGUUGACAGCUGAAGUGGCUGAACUGAAAAACUUUUUACUUUGUCUUUUAGUGAAUAAGAUUUUAAGGAGGUUGUAUA